AUAUAUUUUUUAUUUAUUUAGAUAUAUGGUGAGAAAGAAUUAUUGCAAGGAAAAUUAGAUUUACUUAGCAAUACUAACAUGGUGGAUUUUGCUAUGGAUAUUCAUGGACAUUUAUAUCCAAAUGAAGAAAUUCCAGAAGAAUUGAGAAAUAAACGUUCCCAGGUAGUGGCACAGAUGCUGGAGCUUCAGGCAGAAACAGAACCGAUAAUAAAAAUAUUUAUGGAUCCCAUUGUCACUCAGGAAAUGAUGAAAACAAGAGAUAGCAGACAGCUACUAAAAUUUCUGAUGGAAAAUUUUAAUUUCAAGUUAGAAAUGAUGGAUUCGUUAUUUACAUUCGCCAAAUUCCAAUAUGAGUGUGGAAAUUAUUCUGCUGCUGCUGAAUAUCUUUCUUUCUACUGCCUCUUGGUACCACCCACUGACAGAAAUAUGUUGAAUGGAUUGUGGGGUAAAGUUGCCUCUGCAAUUCUCAUGCAGGACUGGGAUACGGCUUUAGAAGACCUGCACCGUCUCAAGGAUUUUAUAGAUAAUAAUACAUUCGGAUCUGCCUUGCAGUCUCUGCAGCAACGGACAUGGCUUAUACAUUGGAGUCUGUUUGUUUUCUUUAAUCACGUAAAAGGAAGAGAUUUAAUUAUUGAUAUGUUUCUUCUCCAGCAACAGUAUUUAAAUGCCAUUCAAACAAUUUGUCCACAUAUUCUGAGAUACCUAGCGACUGCAGUUAUAACUAAUAAACAACACCGACCUGUGCUUAAAGAAUUAGUAAAAGUUAUACAGCAGGAAUCUUAUGCCUAUAGAGAUCCAAUUACAGAAUUUGUUGAGUGCUUAUAUGUAAAUUUUGAUUUUCAUGGAGCGCAGAGGAAACUUCGUGAAUGUGAAGCGGUGUUGGUCAAUGAUUUCUUUCUUGUGGCAUGUCUAAAUGAUUUUAUAGAGAAUGCCCGUCUUUCCAUAUUCGAAACUUUUUGUCGCAUACAUGAAUGUAUUUCUAUUGACAUGUUAGCUGAAAAACUGAACAUGUCACCGGAAGAAGGAGAAAAGUGGAUUGUUAAUUUAAUUCGUAAUGCACGACUGGAUGCUAAAAUUGAUUCAAAACUGGGUCAUGUGGUGAUGGGAACGCAAGCAGUUUCUCCUUACCAGCAGCUCAUUGAAAAGACAAAAACACUGUCCUUCAGAUCCCAGUUGUUAGUAAUGAAUAUAGAAAAGAGAGUUACAACUAGCAGUUCUGGAAAAGCUUCUCAUUGGGGAAAUCAAGAUUUUUGAAUUUAUAAGUGUAUUUGUAAA